ACGGAAAAUCACCAGAAACAAUCAAGAAUUCAUCGGAGUAACAUCUCGCUUGCAACUUUACUCCGGAUUUACACUUUCAUAAGUCUACUCGCUCUAAGAGAGCAACAACAUUGGAUAUUUAUCAUAAUUUGUUCCUUGCCUGAUUAUUAUUCGUUUUGAAACUGAAAAGACUGAAUUGGUUGAAAACGUGUUGGUCGCUUGUUUUGUUGUGAUUUUCAUGUUUACAUCUUCAGUGUUUUGAUCAAAUCGGAAUCAUCAUCAAGACAACAUGUCUGAGAAGACGAAGUCAGAGAAAACGGCAUAUACCGAAAUGCCGCAACAGCAGCCGCUAACGAUGAAACUUAGCAAUAUUCCCGACACUCCCCAGAAAGAAACGAUCGAAUCGGAAGAAGUCGAUGAGCGCGGAAACUGGACGAAUCAUCUCGAUUUUCUACUCUCCUGCAUCGGAUACGCCGUCGGUCUCGGGAAUGUCUGGCGAUUUCCUUAUCUUUGCUACUCUAACGGUGGAGGAGCGUUUUUGAUCCCCUACCUUGUGAUGCUGUGUCUGGCCGGUGUGCCUCUCUUUUUCCUCGAGUUGGCUUUCGGGCAGUACUGCAGCAAAGGACCAAUCAGGGCAUGGAACGCAGUGCCUCUUAUGCGAGGUGUCGGCUAUGGUAUGGUGGUCGUAUCGGCAAUCGUCGGUAUCUACUACAACGUGAUCAUCACCUACUCGCUCUUCUACUUCUUCAAAUCGUUCGCCAGGGUCCUUCCAUGGGAGGGUUGUCACCAUGCCUGGAACACCAAGUUCUGCUCCCAGCUCGUUAAGGAGUGUAUCGAGGCUGACGGCAUCGUCACCGAGAACAACACUUGUGUCCCCAUCGGCAACCUGACGGACGCGGAGAUGGAGAGCUAUAACGUGACCUACUCCGACGACGGCAACAUCACCAGUUACCUGGACCCCCUGCAGGCUAGCCGACAGAGCGCCUCAGCCGAAUUUUACAAGUAUGCCAUGUUGAACGAAUCUGGUGACAUUGGCGACCCUGGCAUGAUCAGCUGGCAGUUGACCCUGUGCCUUCUAUUCGCUUGGUCCCUCAUGUUCCUCUGCCUGGUGAAGGGUGUCAAGUCCUCAGGCAAGGUUGUCUACUUCACCGCCACCUUCCCCUAUGUCGUCCUCUUCAUCCUCUUCAUCAGGGGCAUCACCCUGGAGGGACAGAUCGAUGGCAUCAAGUUCUUCAUCACCCCCCAGUGGCACCUCCUCAAGGACGCCAAGGUAUGGAAGGAUGCUGCCGUGCAGAUCUUCUACUCCUUGAGUGCAUCCUGGGGCGGGCUCAUCACCCUCUCAUCCUACAACAAGUUCAAGAACAACUGCUUCCGCGAUGCCAUGAUCGUCCCCAUCGCCAACUGUGCUACUUCCAUCUUUGCUGGUUUUGUCAUCUUCUCCAUCUUGGGUCACAUGGCUCAUGUCCUGAACAAACCCGUUGAGAGCGUCAUUGAUGAACAAUUUGGUCUUGCCUUCAUUGCCUACCCGGAGGCUGUAACCCUCCUGCCCAUCUCUCCUCUCUGGGCUAUCCUCUUCUUCUUCAUGCUCAUAACCCUCGGUAUGGACAGCCAGUUCUGCAUCAUCGAGACUGUCACCACUGCCAUCAUUGACGAGUUCCCCUCCCUCCGUAAGAAGAAGCAUCUCGUCGUCUUCGUCUACUGUUUCCUCGGGUUCAUCUUUGGUCUGAGUUGCGUCACCCAGGCUGGUGGAUACUGGGUUAUCCUCAUGGACAAGUACGCCGCUGACUUUGCCCUGCUGAUCUUCGGUCUCUGUGAGUGCAUCGGUAUCGGAUGGAUCUACGGAGCCAGGAGGUUCCUCAACGACAUCAGGACCAUGCUCGGUGACAGGAUCGUCGAUCAUCCACUCUUCAACUUCUGGCCUCUUACCUGGUGCUGUAUCACUCCCGGUGUACUCCUGUUUGUUCUUGGCUUCAACUGGGCAACCUGGGAAUUCCCCACUGCUGGCGAUUACGAGUUCCCAACCUGGGCCCACGUCAUUGGCUGGCUUAUGAUCUCUUCAUCUCUCGUCUGCAUCCCAGCUGUCUGGGCCUUCGAGUUCAUCAGGGCUGGUGGAAGUUUUGCCGAUAGGAUAAAAUACAUGGUGACUCCUCGACCAGAAUGGGGACCCCUCCAUCUUGCUGACAGGCGUGAGGCCAUUGAGGUUCACAGGCAGUUCGGUACCACCAUGGGAGGUGUUCUAGACCCAAGCAUCCCCGAGAAGAAUGAGAAGAACUUAGAGGGUGGUGUAGGCUACCCCCUUCACCCGAACGGAGUCGUCCCCAUGCAGACCAUUGAUGCUAAUGCCUUCCACUUACAAGGUGCUGUCGGAGGAGUUGGAAGCACGGUAUAAGGGUCCUUGUGCCUUUGACGUAGAGACUGUUUGUUACCAUGGCUGCGGGCUUUGCGCCGAUGCUGCAGUCCAUGGGUAGGGAGAUGAGGGUGAGAUGGAGAUGCUUUCGCCUGUUGAAACUGUUUAGUAAGUUCUUCUGUCAACAAUACCUUGAUGAACAGUUGAACAGCCUUUUUGAAGAUCUGAAGGCAAGGCUACAAAGCAGGAUCUGAAACUGGGAAUCCGUCCUCCCCAAUGGCUUAAAGACUAACUCGAUGCCGCUAGCAUCCGAGAUCUGCCGUCCGCCUUGUAAAAGGGUUAUGUUAGAUCAUGGAGUUAACUCCAUGGUUAGAUGGAGAAAAACAAGAUGUGCCGUCCUCCUUGUUACAGGGUUUUGGUAAAUGGAAGAAAUCAAGAAAAUCACGAUCGCCUCUCAGUACAGAGCUAAGAUUCGAAAAUAGUUUCUAUCCAUUGUGACGUAAGAAGUCUUCAUAUAUAGUGCCACCUCCCAUACAUGAAUAUUCUCCUCGAAACUGACAACUUUUGGGGAGAAGAUGCUUAUUCAUUGCAAUUGUAAACUGUAUUUAAAUAUGCAAAGAUGUUAUUUAUUACUACCAAACGAAUUAUCACAAUCAUCACAAGGAAUACUUCACAAGUUCACAACUCAUUGAAUACGGGACUGGUUGAGGAUAGGAAGAGCUGAUCAAAUUAAGCGUACCCUAAAUUUCAUUUUUGGAGCUAAAAUACAUGUAGCUACCUAACUUCCUCAGUAUCCAUACAAAUAGAAAACAUUUCUUGGUAAGCUGAUAAUAGGUGCUAUCAAAGAUAACCAUCAUUUGAUUAUCAUCACUCUAACCUGUAAACAUCGAUUAAACUCUCAUUUAUCAUGAUUAUUUAUAGAAUCUGAGAAGGUGGAUUUCACAUGAAUGAAUGAUAGCCAGUGAAAUCAAUUAAGUGGAAUAAAAUGUUCUGUAAACAGUAAUGUGCAAUUCCAUCUUCAGGUCGACUCAUGACGUGCUAGCAAAUGUAAUCAUAUUUAUUCAUGACGUAACCAUUUACUCAGUCGGAAAUGUGUCAAUGAAAAUAAUUCGUCUUACUAUAUUUUAGAGACACCCCUCUAUCAUUAUUUGUAUUGAAGCCUUCCAACUAAAAUCUACCAUCUCCCAACUAUACAUAACGAUUGCAUGGUGACUGUAAGAGAGAACAACCAUUCACAUACAUGUAGCAAUACCUUGUACAUAUUCUUGUAUAUUUAAAGUUAUUUUAUCUUCCAGCAAGCACAAAGAGAUGUAAAUUUCAAGUUUUCUAUUUGGUUGUACAUUUGUUUGUUGUACUUCUUUGGUUAUGAUUUUACUGCAGAGUGAAUUGAAUUUGUGAUGUCUACGUUUUAACAUGGAAGCCUUAAAAGUUACUGCCCAGUCUUGGUUAAACAAGAAACGGACGGCCAUCAUUGCAAUUAUAACAACCAAUACUUUGAUUUAAAUAUUGUACUGAGGAUAGUUUGUUGAGAAUAUGUCGUCGCCAAGCUCCUAAAGUCCUGACGAUGAAGUGCUGUCACUUUAUCAAGAAGUGUGCUAUUGGAAUCAACUGACAGUACAGUCAUAACUUUUUACUUUUCCGUAAUAACAACAACCGGAAAGCAGUGUUAAAGUGUAUAUGUGUAUGUGAUGUAUGAAAUUAUUUAAGAACUACUUGCCUUUAAACCAAGAUGAAAUACUCUUGAAAAGCAAUUAAGUGUAUAUACUGCUUGGUUGCAGCUGUUAUAUAAAUGUUGAUAUGUACAUUACAUAAAUGAUAUUUAUUUACUUUUUGAAAUAAACAACUGAGUCAUCACUUAUGAAUAUGUCAUUCGCUUGCGGGUGUAAUGCAUUUGAGUAUUGUACAUGUAAGUCUGCAAAGCAAACACGUGUGUGACCCCAAUGUUUAAUCAUAUGUUCGUCGCAUUUCUAAUGAUAAUAUUUAUCAUAAUUAAUAUGAGUUAUGAUAAUAUUUAUCAUAUUUCAUACGAGUUAUUAACGUGAUCAUUCCAUGUAUAAUAGACAUUUAUAUUACUAUGCCAAAAAACGGAAUGCAAAAAUUGCGAUUUCAUAAAAAGGAAAAGAAGAAAUACAUGCUUCAACAUGAUGACCCUUUUCCCUGUUGUAUGUGAAUCGUUGCUUUUGCUUUUUGCUUUUCUUCUGGACAUUAAUUUAGCAUGGUGCUUAAUGCUUUAGGACGCUUCUAUCAAAUUAACCAUCAUAAUAUAGAUAGUUUUAAAAUUGAAUACUUUGGAAAUGCAACUCAUGACGUAACCAGUCGAUAAUCAAAUCAUAUAAUCAAAAUGCAUUACCAGAAAUCCUAGACAUUUCAAAGCUUAUUUGGGGGGGGGGGGGGGGGUUGAAGGCAAGAACAAAAUCUUGCAAUAGAUAUCUAAUGCCAACAAAAGGGAAACAAAUAAUGAAUAUCAAAAAAUCACGAAUUCUUAUUAACUAAGUGGGGGGGGGGGGGGGGGUGGCAUGUAAAAUAAUGGUAGUCUCAGUAUAAUAAGAUAAUGUGAUUUACUGGAUUUAAGAAAUAAUUAUACAUCCUUUUUCCUCAUCUUGAUGUAUCAUUUUAUUCUAUAAUACCAUUUUUCUUUAUCUGCACAAAGUACAAAAAUUUGGAACUUUUGUCUCACUGUGUAUCUGUAUCUAUGAAAUAUGUUAUGUAUUUAUACGAAUGAAUAAUGAAUGUUAUGAAUAUGCGUAAGUCGCAGAAUGUAAGAGCUGGAAUAAAAUGUCGAAAUGAAAAAAAUAA